AUGGCUCAGCAAUAGCGAAAUGAAACAAUAGUACCUAUUUUAGUAACUUAAGAUGAAUAUAAUGAAAUUAUGAAAUAACCAGAUUAUAUACAAUAACAACUCUUAUAAUAAUUGCAACAGAAAAAGUAGGAAUAAUAAUCAUAAAUAUAUCAGCAUCCUUAUUUGUAAUAUCAAAAUUAAUAAGAAAAUAAUAAUAGGGGAAUCCCUCCUAUCCCUUAACAACCUAACGAGCAGACAUAUUAAUAAUAAUAAUACUAUUAAUACACUCCUCAGCAAUAACUUCUUUAAUAGUAUAAUCAAAAUUUAAAUUAAAAUCUAAUAUAAAAAGAAAUCAUAAACUUGUAACAUAAAGAAAUUGAAGUUGCUGGUGAACAUGAAGUCAACUUCUUUAAUAAAAACCUAGCCAAGUUUUUUGCUUUAGAAUUAACAAUCUCGUUGGUGUUAAAUUUCUUUUCCGCAAUAUUUCGAAUGAAGAUAAUUAAUAGUUAUUGGCAUUGGAAUUCCGUAUUAUGGAUUGUUUUAAUUUCAUAUGUACUCUUGAAUUUUUUCAUUUUAACCAAUCCAAAGAUAAUCUUAUAAGUAUUUAUUUGUAAUAAUUCAUAGAAUAAUCGUCAGAAGUCCUUUUAUGUUAUUCAUGUAGUUUUAUAUUCCUUGCUCAUGUAAGGAUUGUAAACAGCAGUAUAAGGUUAUGAAUACUUCAGAUGGAACUAUUUCUUUUUCUUUUAUUUCAUGAUUGCUGCUUGCCUAAUUUCAGUAGGACUAGUGAUAGCAAAACACGGGAUUAAUCUUGCUUAACCACUUUAUCUACCAGCAACAAUUGUUCCUGUAUGUUUUGUUUUCUUACUCCAAUUCUUCAUUUCAUAUUACUUUUAUUGGCCACUUCUUUUAUGGGGAAUCGUUGUAGUGUUUUUGGCAUAAGGAAUAUUAUUGCUUUUUAAAAGAAUAAAUAAAAUUGGAUAUGUAAUGCUUAUUUGUAUUUUUAGAGCAAACACCAAACCAGCGACUUUUAUGCAAUGGCAUCUGUUAUGCACAUUUUAAUGAUCAGUCCAUUUUAUGAUAAUGAAUGA